GUAAAAAAAUCAAACUUUAAAUUGAUUUCACUGUCUGGGUCGGUUGUGCAAAAGUACAGGAAGUGCUAAGAGCUCAAGAAAGAGAUUUUGAGUCUGAAAAAAUGGGCUCUUUCUGGGUUAUGAUUCUGUGUAUUUUUGGAAUAACUGGCUCUGUCUGCUCUCAGUUGCAGGAAGGUUUCUACAGCAAAACAUGUCCCAGAGCUGAGAAGCUCAUCAGCGACUUUGUCCACGACCACAUUUCAAAGACUCCAACUUUAGCAGCUCCUUUACUCAGAAUGCAUUUCCACGAUUGCUUUGUCAGGGGCUGCGACGCAUCUGUGCUUUUGAACUUCACAUCAAGCACCGGAAACCAGACGGAGAAAGUCGCUGUUCCGAACCAGACGUUGAGGGGGUUUGACUUUAUUGACCGGGUCAAGAGCAUCGUGGAAGCUGAAUGCCCUCAAAAAGUCUCCUGUGCAGAUAUUGUUGCUUUGGUCGCCAGGGAUUCUGUAGUCGCCAUUGGAGGGCCAUCUUGGGAUGUUCCGACCGGUCGACGGGACGGCCGGGUUUCCAAUUCAUCGGAAACCAGCAGCAUUCCUCCGCCCACCAGCAACUUUACAACCCUCCAAACACUCUUUAGCAACCAGGGUCUUAAUCUCACCGACUUGGUCCUAUUAUCCGGUGCUCAUACGAUCGGGAUGUCGCAUUGCUCGUCGUUUUCGACCCGUCUUUACAAUUUCACGGGGACGGUCCCGUCGCAAGACCCGGCAUUGGACAGCGAGUACGCGACGGCACUGAAGAAGAAAUGCAGGUCGAUUAACGAUAACACGACGAUAGUCGAGAUGGAUCCAGGGAGUUUCAGGACGUUUGAUCUGAGCUACUAUAAGGGAGUUCUGAAGAGGAGAGGGCUGUUCCAGUCGGACUCGGCCUUGUUGAACAGCCAAACCACAAGGGCAUUGGUCAAUCAGCUUGCCAGUGGAUCCAAUGAGAUUUUCGAAGCAGAGUUUGCUAGGUCUAUGGAGAAAAUGGGGAGGAUUAAUGUGUUGACAGGGAGUGCAGGUGAGAUCAGGAAAAACUGUGCGCUUGUCAACUGAUCGGGCCGGGCCGGGCUUUUGUAUUUACGCUAUCUUCUCAUCCAUAUUUGAGUCCGUAAUUAAAUUUGGUGUCCAAUCCGCGGGGUUGUUUGCUGGGUCAAUUAUUGUGCCAUUUUUUUUAUGAGUGGAAUUCCAGUUCAAUAAGUUGUCCUAAAAAUACGUGGAUGCUGGAUCCAUCAAAACUCAAAAGUAUCCCUUUAUAGAUUUCAAGUUAAACGUUAUUAUCCGAUGUGUUUUGCCAUGUGAUCAUAUUUAAUUUGGUGCCCCUGAUGUAUUAGUGAUGACGUAAAGUUAGAGCCCGUUUGGCAGCACUAUUUUUCGGCUUAUCAGGAUUAUCAGCCAACUUUUUCACCAAACACGUAACUUUUGCUUUCGCGCACUGAAUUGUGUAAUAAGCAUAAAAAGUAAGGUUGGAGUUACUUUUCUGACUGUAUUGGCUGAAGUUACUGUAGAUGACCAUUUUAACUAUUUUUACAUAUAAUUUUUUCUUUGUUUUAUUAAUGAAAUAAAUUUUAAAAAUAUUUUUUUCUUAAAUCAGCAGAAUCAGCCAAUGCAGCCACUUCAGCCAGAACUUCAUAAAUUUCAGCAGAAUCAGCCAAAACAGCCGAUUUUCAUACUACCAAACGGGCUCUUAAUAAUAGUAAUGAUAAUUUUAUAUCUAAACCGUUUUUUCAGUGUUCA